AUGUCUUCGCCCGGUGACACGAAUGAAGUUGUCAAUGAUAAUAUUCCUGAACCUCAAACUUCGGCCAAAAAUACUGAAAAUAAAGAAGACAAUAUAAAUUCGGCGGCCGGCAGUUCAUGUGGUUCCGGUGAUCAAGACUCAAGCGCUGCUGGUUCCGCUCCAGUUGAAACUAAAGAUGAUAACAGGGACUGUGAGAUUGAUGCUGACAAUGAAAAUGCUAGUGGUGUGGAAAAUAUGGACGAGGAUUCUUCGGAUUCUGAUGAUCUAAAUCCCGCUGAAACAAGGGUUUCUUCAUCCAGUUCCACAGAUGAUGAGAGAAUACUUCCGUUAGAAGAGGAGGAGGAGGAGGGGGGUCCUCUUGAACCAGAUGAGGAGGAGGAGGAGGGGGGUCCUCUUGAACCUAAUGAGGAGGAGGGUCCUGAGGGUCAAAUCAGAAGAAGAAUGUUCAGAUACGUGAUGGAUUCAUCAGACUCCGAAGAUGAAAAUGAGCAGGAUAACCUUGACGAUAGUGAAGAGAGAAGACAAGUUCAGGAUGCUGAGAUUGAAUUUAGGGCCCGAAAUGAAGCUUGUAAACUCUUGGAUGAGAUUGAAGUGAGGUCGCGAAAUGAAGCGUGUAAACUCUUGGAUAAACCUGCUCCGGCUCCGUCCUUGAACCUGCUCCGUGAGGUUUAUGAAAUACGUCUCGGCUCCGGGUCCACCCAAACCUUCAAGAGGAAACUCUGCUCAUCAAAAGAAACUGUGAAACGGUUAGAAUUUUCAAUAGAUCAUAUUUCUUUCUUGCUUUUGACCCAUCCUCUCAGUUUUUUUUUCUUUUUCUAUGAUUUCUUUGCUGCUUUCAUUCACCAAGUUCUAGCACAAAGGGAGUGGUUUGCAGUAUUGGCAAGGAGUGCUUUCCAACCGUGGGGUAAAGCAAUUCCAGGAAAAGAAGUUUCAUCAAAAAACCCUGAAGGCCCGUAUUUAGUUGAGCUGAUAGUAGCAGUAGGAGUAAACAAGGAGGCUCCUGUAAAAACCACAAGUUUGUAUAAAGUAAAAGUACUAUAG